CCAUGCAUUGCCCACCCUUCUUUCAUCUCGCUCUCCGGCUCUCUCUACCUCUUUCCCUCUCUCUCUCCUCUCUCUCUCUCUCUGUCGUUCUGAGUGAGCCAUGGCGUCGCUGAGCUGCUCAGCUAACCAACUGGCCCAGCUGUUGGGCCCCAACACCACCAAUGCCACGGCCGCCGCAGCCUACCUCUGUGGCCAAAUCUCCACCAUCUCCGACAAGUUCACCGACACGGCUUACGCCGUGGACACCACCUAUCUCCUCUUCUCUGCCUACCUCGUAUUCUCCAUGCAGCUCGGUUUUGCCAUGCUCUGCGCCGGUUCCGUCCGGGCAAAGAAUACCAUGAACAUCAUGCUCACGAACGUACUCGACGCUGCUACGGGCGGGCUCUUCUACUACCUGUUCGGCUUUGCCUUUGCCUUUGGCUCCCCCUCCAACGGCUUCAUCGGCCGCCACUUCUUCGGACUCAAGGAAAUUCCUUCCUCGUCCUUUGACUACAGUAACUUCCUCUACCAGUGGGCCUUCGCUAUCGCAGCUGCAGGUAUCACCAGCGGCUCCAUCGCCGAGCGCACCCAGUUCGUCGCCUACCUCAUCUACUCCUCCUUCCUCACUGGUUUCGUUUACCCCGUCGUAUCCCACUGGAUUUGGUCCCCUGACGGCUGGGCAAGCGCUUUCAACACAGAAAACCUUUUGUUUGGCACUGGCGUCAUUGAUUUCGCUGGCUCCGGGGUUGUCCACUUGGUCGGAGGCAUUGCCGGUCUCUGGGGUGCCCUAAUCGAAGGCCCCAGAAUCGGCCGGUUCGAUCACUCUGGCCGGUCCGUCGCUCUCCGUGGCCACAGCGCCUCCCUCGUCGUCCUCGGUACUUUUCUCCUCUGGUUCGGUUGGUACGGGUUCAACCCCGGCUCCUUCAACAAGAUACUCAGUCCUUACAGUUCCGGGAGCUACUACGGGCAAUGGAGCGCCGUCGGUCGCACCGCCGUGACCACGACCCUGGCCGGUUGCACCGCGGCUCUCACCACUCUCUUCGGCAAGAGAAUCCUAUCGGGACACUGGAACGUGACGGACGUGUGCAACGGAUUACUCGGUGGAUUCGCAGCGAUCACCGCUGGUUGCUCCGUGGUGGAUCCCUGGGCGGCAAUCAUCUGCGGGUUCGUGGCGGCGGUGGUACUGAUCUCCUGCAACAAAUUGGCGGAGAAGGUGAAAUUCGACGACCCGUUGGAGGCGGCACAGCUGCACGGCGGGUGCGGCGCGUGGGGAAUAAUAUUCACGGCGCUAUUCGCGAGGGAGAAGUACGUGAACGAGGUGUACCCGGGCAAACCGGGUAGGCCAUAUGGGUUGUUCAUGGGUGGGGGAGGGAAGCUGCUGGGAGCUCACGUGAUCCAGAUCCUGGUCAUAGUCGGAUGGGUCAGUGCGACGAUGGGUCCCUUGUUUUAUGUGCUGCAUAAGCUGAAGCUUUUGCGGAUAUCGGCAGAGGACGAAAUGGCGGGUAUGGAUAUGACCCGGCAUGGAGGCUUUGCUUACAUUUAUCACGACGACGAUGAUUCGCAGAAGCCUGGGAUUCAGUUGAGAAAAGUCGAACCACGUUCUACUACUCCCACUUCAAUCUAGAAACUUUUUUUUUUUUUUUUUAACCUCUUUACCUUUUUUAAAAAAAUAAAAAUAAAAAAAUUGGGUAGUGGGUAUUUCCUAUUUAUUAUUAUUAUAAAUAUUAUAUAUAUAUUAAAAAAAAAAAAAAAAAGGAGGAGAGGGCUUGGGGAUAUAGGCUUAUAGAUAGGGGGGUGGGUGGAUGGUUGGUCUGGGGGUGAUGGGGGUACAUGUGAAAGAAAAUAAACACGAUAGACAUUUUGAUUGGUUUGUAGGAGAUAAUGAGGACUUGGAGCAGCUGGAUUUCCUUCCUCUGCAUGAUUGCGAUAAUGCUUGUAUUGUAUGAUUUGGUGGUGAACGGUCAAUGGUGUGCUGUAUGAGAAUAGCAUACUAGUGUUGGAUAGGAGCAUUUUGGCAGGAACGUUAGUUGGGUCCCAUGUUAGACAAGCAUUUUUAUUUUUCUUUAUGUAAUGUCUUUUGUACCACUUGUAGAUGGGAACACACCUGCUUUUCCCAAAACGAUGCUUUUUGGCUUGCUUUGUGUUACUAAUCGUAUGAUGUUGAACGUGGAGCAGCAGUGUUUCUCA